GAGUCGUCAAGCCAUUGCUAAACUGGUGACCUCGCCGCGCGCAGCAUGUCGCUCAGCGACCAUCCUCGGGCCUACGGCACCGCCGCUGUGGCUGCUGCCUUUGCUGCCGGCAUAGUCCUAACGCUCGGCUUCAAGGAUCUCUACCCGGACCUCGAACGCCGCUAUCAGGCCCGCCGCCGCAAGCCGCCUCGCGGUGCCUCGUCCUGGUCAGACCUCCGCCGCCGGUCCAGCUUAUUCUGGGGUCCUGUACAGCUCGAGGAUCACGAGUCCGACCCAGAUAAUGACUUCACACCUGCACCGUCGGCUCAGCUCGGCAUGGUGCCCGGAAGUGUUAGCGGGAUUGAGGGAGCCAUCGGCAAUACGCCCCUAAUCGAGAUACGUAGCCUCUCUCUGGCCACGGGCCGUGUCAUUCUUGCCAAAGCGGAGCUGCUCAAUGCGGCGGGGAAUAGUCCGAAAGAUCGAGUUGCUCUCAACAUGAUUCGAGAAGCUGAGGCUGCCGGGCUCCUGCUGCCACACCGAGGUGAUACCAUAUAUGAGGGUACAGUCGGGAGCACCGGCAUCUCCCUUGCAGCGCUCGCUCGUGCCAAGGGCUACCGUGCUCACAUAUGCAUGCCGGACGACCAGAGCAUGGAAAAGUCGGACCUGCUCCACCACCUUGGUGCCAUCGUUGAGCGCGUGCCGGUGGCUCCCAUUACCAGUCCAGAUCAUUUCGUCAACCUUGCUCGCAGACGCGCUGCGGAGCACACGGCGUCCCAGGCAGACAGCAGUGUUGGUUUCUUUGCUGACCAGUUCGAAUCGCCCGCUAAUUUCGCCGCCCACUUCAAAACAACCGGACCAGAGAUUCUUGCUCAGACCUCAGGUCGAAUCGAUGCCUUCGUUGCCGGCGCAGGCACAGGAGGCACCAUCUCUGGUGUGGCGAAAUAUUUAAAAGAGUCAGCCAAGCUGACGAAUUUGAAAGUCGUGCUCGCAGAUCCGCAAGGGAGCGGUCUCUACAACAAAAUCCGGUAUGGUGUAAUGUACAGCAAUACAGAAAAGGAAGGAACUCGUCGCCGAAGCCAAGUAGACAGUAUCGUCGAGGGUGUUGGGAUCAACCGCGUGACGCACAACUUCGAGUCAGGCCGGGAUCUCAUUGACGACGCUGUGAAGGUCACAGAUGAGCAAGCCUGCGCCAUGGCACGCUGGCUGGUCGAGAACGAUGGCAUUUUUGUGGGUAGCAGCUCGUCAGUGAACUGCGUCGCCGCAGUGUCCACUGCACUUUCAUUGCCAGAGGGUAGCAGGGUUGUGACUGUGCUGUGCGAUUCGGGAACUCGUCACCUGAGCAAAUUUUGGAAGAAGGUUGCCGAAAUGGGGCUUGAAGAUCAGGAUCAGGUCGACGGGCAAGACAUCGGCGUCCAGAUUCUUGGAAAGGAGGACUUGAUCAGCCUGCUCGGCCUCAAAUCGUCAUGAGACCCGACUUUGCUCCUGAAUUUACUGUGGCCCAGACUCAGUUGGCUACCCCGAGCUGAUAUCGUCUCGAAUCGCAAAACACCAAUCCCUGAGCACGUGGCAAAAUGCACGGCGUCGUGCACAGCAGGAAGAAUAGACUAUGAU